GAAAACAGUGCUGUCUCUGAAUCAGCAGAACAAGAGCAAAACAUGUGAAAAUGACAUUUCGGAAACAAAAUUUGUGUUAAUGUUGAGAAUUUUUAGAUUUUCUUAUCUCAAAAUUCAUUUUCCUCUUUCAUUCAUUGCUACAAACUUUAUGACUUCUUUGGAAUUUAGAAUCCAACAGUACUGCAAGAAAUGGAUGAAAGUGUAACCAGAUAGUCCAUAAGUGAGUUGUGCUGAAACUGACAAUCUCACUUGUGGUAGCAGCAUGCCCACUUACCUCACGCCCAAUAGACAUGGCUACUCUGUUCGGUUUUCUCCAUUCCAGCCUGAAAAGAUUGUGUGUGCUACUUCACAGUACUUUGGUUUGGCAGGUGGAGGCACACUGUUUGUGUUGGAAGUAACGCCUGAUGGAUCGCUGGUGGAACUCUCCACUUCUCAGUGGCCAGAUGGAUUGUUCGAUGUAGUCUGGAGUGAGACAGAUGCUAACAUCGUUGUCACUGCCAGUGGAGACGGGGUGUUGCAGCUCUGGAACAUCUUGUGUCCUCAGCUGCCUCCACAAACUCUACGAGAGCAUAAGAAGGAAGUGUACAGUGUGGACUGGAGCCAGACCAGGCAAGAACAGUUCAUCCUCUCAGCAUCAUGGGACUGCAGUGUCAAACUGUGGGAUCCAAAUCGUUCUGUAUCAUUAGCAACAUUUCUUGGACACUCUCAACUGGUUUACAAUGCGAUGUGGUCUCCCCAUGUACCAUCCUGCUUCUCAUCUGUCUCAGGAGACGGCACAUUGAGGAUAUGGAACUCACUGGUACCCCAGAGAGCCUCGAUGACGCUGAAGGCCCAUGACGCUGAGGUGCUGACUUGCAGCUGGUGCAAGUAUGACCAGAACAUCCUCGCCACUGGUGGCAGUGACGGUCUUAUCCGCGGCUGGGAUCUGCGCAACUUUAUAGCUCCCAUAUUCGAACAAAAAGGUUGUGAGUAUGCAGUUCGUAGGAUACAGUUCUCUCCCCACCAUCUCUCUGUAUUAGCAUCUGUGUCUUACGAUUUUACAACCAGGAUUUGGGAUUUCAAAGCGUCGUCUGAAGCUAUUGAAACUAUAAAACACCACUCUGAGUUUGUCUAUGGGCUGGAUUUCAACCAACAUGUCCAAGGGCAAAUAGCUGACUGUGGAUGGGACUCUCUAAUCCAUGUCUUCACACCUCGCAGUCUUGCCAACUUAGCCAGCUCCACCAUCUCACACGCUUAGUUUCCAUCUCUCUCGUACUGUAAUCUAUUGUUAACAAAUCCUGUUUAUUUUUAUGUGUUUUGUUAUACAGUUGUUUAUUUAACCUUUUGAGGGCCAUAAGUCGAUUUCUUGGCUUGUAAUGUUUUAAAAACCCCAACAAGUCAAGGACAAUCAGUUCUAAAACGGUUCCACUUUAUAUGUUCACAUUUCAUUUACAUUUAAUUUCACUAUUGUAAUUAUAAAGUAUUAAGUUACAUUUUGCACACUGCAAUUCCAGCAGAUCAGUUAGAAUUAAUAUAUUCACUGCAUAACAUACAUAUUUCACUUGGCCUUCAAAAAGUGUUAAUUUUUAAAUAUAUUUAGUUAAAAAAUGUUGAAGCAGCUUGCAACUGAGUUGGAAUUUUGCUUUGGUGCUCCAAAUGGAAAAAUAAUGGCUCUUUCUCUAAAUUAAUGGGAAAUGUGGGUUCAUUUACUUAAACUGGUUCAUCAAUCAAGUCAGUGUAUUACUUCAUUCUUGGAAGGGUUUUAACAAGUAAACGUGUACAGAGAAUUUUUCACAUUUAUUAGGUUUAAAUAGUGUUUUCAAAGUAAUAUUUCUCGCCUAGUUAAGACAUUACCAUUGUUUUGUAAAUUUAAUUUUAGGCAAUUUUAUUUACUUUUAAAAUAAAUGUAAAUAGCUUGAUUCCCAAUAACACUGACAUUACCAUUAAUCUUUUAAUCAAGGUAAUUUGAUUUACCUUAAAAGUAAAAUGUAAAUAACUUUAACCUACACCACAGUAACAUUACAACUUGUUUUUUUAACUUUUACGUAGGCAAUUUAAUAUAUUUUUAACUCAAUGUAAAUAUCUAUAUUCCUAUAACAGAAUAAACCAUUCCAUAUUAAUUUUAUUUGAUUUUUGAACAUAAAUAGGCGUUUUAGUUUAAAUUAAAAAUAGUUAAUAUUAUGUGUCUAUCAAAUCUAAAUCAUGUUAGCAUUACUGUGACAGGUACCCUUAAUGUAAAUACUACUUAUGAAGGUAAAUGCUUUUUGUAAAUAAGGUUACAGAUUUAGAAUGCAUGUUUUAUUUGUUAAAGAAUAACUUUCAUUUAGUUUUAUAGUUUUAUUAUUGCACACUUACAUUUAUGAUUAGUUAAUGUAGGAUCUGUAUCAUACUCGAAUAUAGGAACAUUAAAAGGUAUAUUAAACAUACCUACUACAAGACUUUCUUUGUAAAAGUAACAUUCAAGACUAAUAGUUCAAAACUGUGACAGGCUGGUUGUUAAUUUGUGAACAACAUAAAAGAUUGUUUUGAUUAGUCCCAAAUAACAGAUACAUGUUUCUAUAUUUAUAAAUGAGUUUUAUUUAUAUAUUUUUAUAUUUAUUUUGAAUGUUGCCUGUUGAGUCAUGGGAGUGUAUGAGAUAUAUUAUGUAGAAUGUGAAUGCGUUAACCCAGUUAGAAUCUGAGGUUGGUUGAUUCAUAGACAAAAACCAUUAAUCAAUGAAUGAUCCAGUAACCACGAACAAAGUUCAACAUAGGUAUUAGACACUUUGUAAAGUUUGAAAAUGACUUCGGGGGUUGAGUUAAUUUACUUUGUCUCCAGGACAAAAGACUACAUUAAAAUCCCAAUAGUGUAAGCAAAUUAAGGCUGACAUAUUUACUAAAUGAUCGAUAUAUGAUUGGACUGGUAGGAACCUGUAAUGUCAACAAAGUGCGAGCAAGUGAGAUAGAUAAAUAAGUACUGUUUCGUAAGUAGCGCAGUGUGAUUCUUGUGUAGUGUGGUUGUUGGAAUGCUGUGAAUGUAUUUUUUCCUGGAUGUAUCCCAAAUUACUGACACAUCUGACAUUAAUUUAUAAAUAUUUGUAAUGUUUUUCCAGCGGUUUGGAAGAAAAUUUACUAAUUGGUCAUGAGAUGUGAUAAAAAUUCAAAUUCAUUUAAUGUGUCCAUCACAAAUCUUUGAAUAUCAGAAAUAAUACAUUUAAGAGGAUUUUAAGAACUGGCUGUAGUAAAUUUAAUUAUCUUAAGUUUUAGCCCAUAACAACAAUAUUAAUCUUCAAACACUUUUAUGCCCUUAUUUCUGUUUGUAGAAUCAUGGGUGAGGUUUAAUUUUCAACAUAUGUUUUAUAUACUUCUAAACACCAUAUUUUUUAGUGUAUACUGUAAUGGUAAAAAUGUUUGAUUUAUUAAUUUGUUAUGUCCUCCAUAUAAACAUUUAAUAUCUUAAUACUUAAUUGGGUGAUGAGUUGCUCUCCAUGUUCACGUCUAAACUAGCGGAGAAACUGUAUUUUUGAGAUAAAUUUCAUUCUCUCUCAUUUUUCUGGUCCACCAUUUGUAUAUUCUUAUAAAUCAGAAUGACCUCAUGGUAGGGAAUGCACAUUUUCUCAGAUAUAGAAUAGUGUCUUGAAGAAACCUUAAAGAUGAAUAUUUACAGCAUUUCAGAUCUUUGUAUUAAUUUCUUGCCGGUUUAAGAUGUUUCUGUUGUCAGUUUUGUAAAUUGUAUUCUUUAGACUGUAACAGAACAAUCUUCAAGGAAUCACUUGCAGAGGAUUUUGUGGUUGAUUAAUCUCAGUGAAUGUGAAUGUUACGUUAUGGUAAACUUAAACAUGUUUAUCCUAAUUCUAGUUGUGAGUAGAAAUAUGUUUGUGAGGAGCUUUUUGGAAGCAAAGACUUACAUUGAGAGGUUAGGCAUUUUCUUAAACCAAAUUUAUAUUUGUUAUUUAUAAAUAGUGUACAGAUUCUGUAAAUUAUUUAAAUGUUGCUGUUUACUGUGAUUUCUUUGUUAUACUUAAUUUAAUAAUAUUUUGUAUUAAAUGAUGAGCGUCAUCAAA